CGUCAAAUUCGUGAUUUGCCGCCCCGGCGUUUAAUCUUACUGGUUGAAGAUUCAAAAAGUACAAUGAAUUCUUUAUAUGAACGAGAACAAUACAACAGUGCAGCGAUAGCAGUCGGGUUGGAAAUGGAUAUGGAGGUGAAAUCUGAACCAGAAUCUGAAAAUGAGACCUGUGAUUCUACCACGAGUAUAACAUCAUCUGUCGAAGAAGUUCCCUUUACUCUCUCAUCACAUUCCCAAAGUGAAGAAGAACUUGAAGAACCUGAGGAUGAACCUCUGGUGGAAAUUAAUUCAAUAACAGUUCCUCAAGAAGUGGUGGAAGUUAAAUUACAGCCAACUCUGCUACUAUUUGUAAAUAAAGAUUUUACCAGCAGUAGCACUGUAAGGCCCACAGAAGUAUCAACAAAUUUGCCUAUUACACCCGUCAAGGAGCCAGUAGAAAAAUCCUUCUGUAAUGAAAAAGAAGAUGAAUUAGCCAAUAGAAAAGCCAUUACAAGAGCUCUUAGAAAUUUUAAACGAGAGAGUAAAUCCUCCAAAUCUAGUUCAUCUGAGAUUGAUAAUAACAAAAACUUAGGUAAAAGUCAAUUGGAGAACAACUUUGACCUUUGCCCUGAGGAAGAAGUUCCUUCUCCCAGUCAUUCCAGCAGUGAAACAGGUCAUGACAGAUCACUCUCUCCUUUUCCACCAAAUAAUAAAAAUAGGAAACACAAAGUAAUAAAUAGAAAAACGAGAAACAAAGCAAAAUUCAAACAAAAAAAGAGAAAAAAGAAAGUGGUUGAAAAUAAGAAGUUAGUAAAAUCUCUGUCAAGUGCCUCAGAUAAUGAUUCAUUGUUAUCUCCAUCAAUUAAAAGAGUUGAACAAGAUAAUUGUGACAUGGAUAAAGUACAUGGAGGAAAAGAGAACACACAAUACAACAAAGAAAAUUUAUCUACUAAAGAAAAUAAACCAGAUUAUCAAAAUGAUUUCCCAUUAGAAGCUGAUAAAUUAGUCUCAAAAUCAAAUAAAAGUAUGGCAAAAAAAGAUAACAAGCAUGAAAAAAUGGUAAAACCCGAGUCUUACGAUUGCACCGUCUGCAAUAAAAAAUUCAGGCUUAAGAGUCACCUAGCUACACACUCCAGAGCACACGUAAAUAUCCGAAAAUUCAAAUGUAACGAGUGUGGAAAUUUAUACAAAACUAAAGCAAAUUUAUAUUUUCAUAUGAAGACUCAUGAGGAAGCCCCAUUUUUUUGUGAGAAAUGUAACAAAACGUUUCCAGAAAGAAAGAUUCUCACACGGCAUAUAAGAGUUGUUCACAGUGGAGAAGGCAGCUUCAACUGUAACCAGUGUGGACGUUCCUUCAAAUGUGCUUCCAGUUUGGAGUUGCACUACACUUUGCACACUGGCAACAAGCCGUAUGCAUGUAAAAUAUGUGACAAGACGUUUGUGUACAAGAGCACAUACACACUGCACAUGAAGGGCCACAGUGCGGAUGAUAUGUUCAGUUGUGAGUUGUGUCCAAGCGAUGCGACCAGCAAGGGAGAGUUGCGCCGUCGCUGCCACCAUCACUCAGACGCUCGGCCCUGGCUGUGUACCGUCUGUGGCAAGGGCUACCCGCUUAAGGGCACCCUUAAGAACCACAUGAAGUCCCACGAAUCAGACAAACCUUUCAAAUGUAACGAAUGCGGUAAGUCGUUCAUGAAGAAGUCAUCAUAUGAGUGCCAUAUGAAGGCACACAGUGGAGAGAACCCUCAAUACAUGUGUGACCAAUGCUCCCAGUCCUACUACAAUGUUUUUGCCCUCAAGAGACACUACAUGAAACACACUAGUGAACGGAGAUUCGUCUGUGAUAUUUGUAAUAAAGCAUUUUGGAUGAAAGAUGCUUUAAAAGUGCACAAAAGGUCUCAUGCGAAUGUGAAAAUGUUCCAGUGCACGCAGUGUUCAAAAGCAUUUGCUCACAAACAUACCCUUGUAGCUCACUUGAGAUCACAUUCCAGUGAACAACCGUUUGCAUGUAAUGUGUGUCCGAAGACGUUUAUAUACAAGUACAACUUGGACCGCCACCAGCAACACCACUCUCUACCCCCCGCCAUCCAGCCUCUGCCUCCCCCUCCUCCUGCUCCUCUUCCGCUCCCGCCAUCACUCAUCAUGAUGGCCCCUCCUAAACACCUAGAGAUGCCUACUUUACACAUUUUAUAGCAGUUGUAAUUUUUAUAAACAUUGAUAUCAUUUUAUGUGGUAUUUACUUGCCUUUUAUAGAUUUAAUGGUUGUUAAUAAUUGUUAAGACAUUGUGUGUUUUUAUAUAUUUAAAAGUAUAUUUAUUUGUACUGAACUACCAACAUAUCAAUAAAUAUUUGAUAUAACAUUUUUGUGUGAGUCUAUUAUGGAAUUGGUAACGAUGGUUAUAUGACAAACAAUAAAAACUUGAACAGCAAUUAUCAAAGAAACGUAUAGUAAAAAAAUAAUCCACUACUGACUGAAUUAAGACUAUUUUUAAUUAUUUUCAACAUUAUCAUUUUGUGUUUUUUUAAUAUUACAUAUUUGGAGAAGUGAAUAAAACCCAGCACCCUGCUAUGUCUAAAACAUUUUUUUAAGAUACUGUUUGGUUUUAAGUACUACCAUUUGCCAAUGGUUAGGAGUUUUUGAAAACUACUAGUUACUUACAAAACUAAGUGAAUAAAUGUCUUAGUUCUUAAACUAGUAACUAUUAGGUUUUCGUUAAGUCAGCUCCUGGGUAUGUUAGCAGUUAGUAGUUUAUUUGACUUCAGCCAUUGGGGAGUUUAUGCAAGUUCAACCAAAAAAGACAGUGUGGCAACAAUAGAUACUUAAGUGUAAGAAAUAGUUUAAAUUUGAGUAUGAAAUUGUUGAUUUUUAAGCCACAGAUCUUUUGAAUGGAACUGACACAUGCUGGAGAACUUUCUCUCCAAGAAAACAUUUUGAGACUUUCUUACAUUUUUUAUACGAUCUUGGUUUUCAGUCUAGAAUGAAUUAUUACAAGGCCUACAUAUACAACAUAAUUAUAUAUAUUUGUUGUGCUUACAAAAUUUAAUAUAAAGGAUAUAUUUUUUAUAGAAUAUAGGUUCCAUUUAUUCAUACAAGUACAACUAGAACAUUUAGUAAAUUAAUAAAUCUUUGAAAUUGGAUUAUGUAAUAUCUUAAGGCAUUUGUCUUAUAAUAUCAAACUUGUAUUUGAUCUCUUUCCAAUUUAUGUUAUUCAUCUGCGUUUGCUGUAAACAACUUUUCAUUGAAGUAAGGUAUGGAGAGGUCCUUCGUCUCCUCACUAUCAUAGGCCAUAACAAUUUUGGCAUUUAAGUCACAACAUGACACGUAAAUUGUUUCUAGGCCUAGCAAGUGCUAUGAAUGGCAAUUUUUUCAGUUUUGCCGGAUAUGUCUUUAAUUCUGCUAGAUGUUAUUACUUAGAUCUAGUGUUUAUUUAUUCACACCAUUUGAGCACAAUCUAAGACAAACCAGUAGAGCUUAAGUUUUAUUAACUUCACCUCUACAUAUAUAUAUAUAUAUAUUUUUUAAAAUAUUUUACUAACAUCACUUAGAUAUUAUGAAAUUUGUGAAAUUUUAUACUGGUUAUCUUUAUUUUGGACUUUGUCAGGAAUCAUUAUUACAAAUUAAAAUCCAUUCAUCCAACCAUAUAUAAAGUAUUUGAAAUUGAACUUCAUAAAGUCUUUUGUAUAACCUAUUAUUUAACUGUUACUUAUGUGUCAGUCUAGAUCCAGUGAGACCAAGUAAAUAACAGAUCUUUUUACACAAACUUUAGAGUGCUCAAACAAAAAUCAAUAUUUAACUUAAAAAACUACAAUUUUUAUCUAUCGGUUUCUACUUAGGCAAAGCAAUAACAUAUUAAGAUUAAUGUUUUGAGAGAGGGAAAAUAAUAAAAUCAGUUAUAUAUUUUUCACAUUUACCAUUUUCUGCAUACUUGUUGUUUCUCUUGGUAAAAUUAAUAAACUAUUAAAUUCUGCAAAUUUAAAAUUCCAUUUGUGAAGAAAUUAGCAAAAAUUAGGAGUAUUUAUAUUGGUUUUGAAGUGGAGAUGUAAAAAUUAUAUUAACUUGUUGUUGUGAGAAGAUUAUAUUUCAUUGUAAUUAAAUAAGAAAUGUUGUGUGUGGGGUAUGUAUGUAUGUCUUUUGUCCUGUACCAAUUUGUGACAUUCUCUAUAUCCCUCUAACAGUUUGAAUACUGUCCAAUCCCUGGUACCUUCCAUUUCUUCCUCUAUUAUUCUCUCCCUAUUACCGUUUUUAACAAAUACAGUAUUAUGUCCCAUA